AUGCAGAACCGAAAGGCCAUACUCAGGGACCGCCAGUUUCAGACAUUUCUCGACCAUGAGAUGAAGACGCCAAGGGAGUCGAUACCCUUGGACACCAUAACCACGCUGCAGUGCGUCAGCAACAAUCGCGUCACGGACACGGCGACCCACUUUUACUGCUUCGAGAUCACGACAUCUCAGCCGAAAAACGGAGGCAACGGCAACGGAGUAAGCGACAGCAUGUCCUCGAAUCCCAAUCUGGUGAUGACCAGCAGCUCGUCAGGGAACGUCAAGCAGCAGCGGGUUUCCCAUCUGUAUGGCGUGGGCAAGGAGUCCGAGAGGGGCGUCUGGAUGCAGAAGAUCCUUGAGAGUCUCACCAACAGUAUGCCUGUCAAGUACACAUGCCACUAUUACCGCGCGGGCUGGUGCUACCUAAAGAACUCUAUCACGUCAGAGUGGAGUGGCACCUGGUUGGUGCUUCGCAAGAGCCAGCGACGUCUCAUCUUCGUGAGCGAGGCCACUGGGAAUGUGGAGAAAAUGGACUUGCGCAAGGCGCGAUGCAUAGUGCUCAAGGAGAGUGACGAGUCCAUCGACAACCUGCACCUCGGCACGAGAGACAAAGAUCUGGCGUCACAUCAUUCGGGAAGUGGCACACAACAACGGCUUUUCGCUGGGGAUCAGCAGUUGACGCGGUACGAUGUGCCCGUGAUAGUGGAUAAGUGCAUUAACUUUGUGUACAUCCACGGGUCCAUGUCGGAGGGGAUCUAUCGCAAAUCAGGCUCGGAGAACUCCAUGCACAAGCUGAUGAGCGCCUUCCGAGCGGAUGCCUUUAAUGUGGAGAUCACCCGAAACGAGUACAAUGAGCACGACGUAGCCAAUGUCCUCAAGCGGUUCAUGAGGGACUUGCCCGAGCGCCUCCUGGGCAAGCUAACCGACAGCUUCGUCUUCGUCACCGAGCUGAAUUUGGCCGCCGAGAAGAUUCCCAUCUAUCGUGAGCUCCUCGCUCGCCUCUCGCCCAUCGAGCAUGAGACCUUGCGCCGGAUCGUGGGCCACCUGGUGUUCAUUAGCUCGCAGCAGACCAAGAACAAGAUGAGCGUUCAGAAUCUAACCAUGAUCUGGGGCCCAACGCUGCUGGCCAAGAAGAGCGAUGAGCUAAUCUACUCUCAGAAAGAGGCCGAUGUUCUCAGCGAUCUCAUUCUUCUGUACAAGAACCUAUUCCCCGUCAGUGCCGAUGAAAUUAAACGGGAGCAGGACAUGCUGGCAUGCCUGCAAAAGUAUUACGCUGCCGCCGAGACGCUCAAAGAUGCGGUCAAGCAGUCGGGGACAUAAAGAUCUGGAUCAGCCUGAAUCCGAAUCCAGACAACAUCACAGAGGAAAAGAUGCAGGUGAACGCCACGAUUUCACCCACCAAAACCGCCUACGAGCUAUGUCGGGAAUAUUCCGUCAAAAUGCAACUACCAACCCAU